AUGGGGUGUACAGCAUCUAAAUAAUCCAAAAAUGCGUCUAAGGAUAAUCCUCCUAGUAUUCUAGAUGGUUUAAAUGAUCUGCCAAAACAGAAACUCUUGACUUUGGAGACUAAACCAGAUGAAAGGAAAAGCAAAUAACCAAAAUCUUUGGAUAAAAGCAAAAUAGCUGAAUUAUUUUAAGCUGAACAUCAAUAGAUUUACAGGAACAAGAAGUUCCAACAUGAUUAUUUCAUUACUGAAGAAAAAGUCUCAUUAAAUGGGUUUGAAGGAAAGAUUUUUGUUGUUGAAAAUAAAGUGACAGGACUCAAGAGGAUAGCUAAGAUUACUAGAAAUACAUUGGCUAGUCAAUAGAUCACUAAAUACGUAGAUUACUUGUAAUAGCUUAAAAAACUAGAUCAUCCUAAUAUUAUAAAAUUAUUUGAUUUUUAUAAUGAUGACAAACACAUAUACUUAGUAGAGGAAUACUAUGAUGGAGGAGAUUUAUAUGAAAGAUUAAGGACCGAGAUGCAGAGUUCAGAGAAAAUUCAUGUAGCAUUUGUAUUUUAAUAAAUUUUGUCAGCAAUUUAUUACUUGCAUUCUUAGGAAUUUAUACAUAAAAACAUUACUACAAGUGGAGUGGUAGUAGCCUAAAAAUCUAAUUUAUUAAUUAAGAUAACAGGAAUUGAUGAUUUAUUUAAUAUUUUCUAGGAUUCUAAUCCUGACAUCAGUUAUAGAGCUCCUGAAUCUUUUGCUGAUAAAUAUUAAUGGAAUACAGCAGCUGAUAUCUGGUCGGCUGGAAUUAUUUUAUUUGAAUUAAUGUACGGACAACAUCCCUUCAAGGAUUAAAGUAGAUAAAUAACAAUAUAAAAUAUUAAGAGAAAUAAUAUCAAAGAAGAUAUUAAUCUGAAUUCAAUAAAUGAUGAUGCAUAUAAGUUAAUUAGUGAAAUGAUUAAUCCAGAUCCUAAAAUGAGACCUAGUGCUAAGGAGUGUUUAAAAUUUAAGUAUUUCAAGUCUAUUAGAAGAUCAUCUAUGAAAAUAACUAGUGCCUUAUUAAGAGUUAAAGAAUUUCAAAGAAAAAAUGAAUUAAAACUAAUAUUGUUGAGUUUAAUGACGGAGUAUUUAUUGCCCAAAGAAGAACGUGAUAAAGUUGCUUAAGCUUUUUAUAAAAUAGAUCUUAAUAACGAUGGCAAAAUAUCGAAAAACGAAUUGUAUCAAUAAUACUUACAAAGAUCAGGUAAUGAGGAGUAAGCAAGGCAAGAAGUCGAAAAAAUAUUUUCAGAAUUGGAUAUCAAUGGAAAUUAGUUUCUAGAAUUCAAUGAAUUUUUAAUCGCAUCUUCCAAUAAAGCAGUUCUUUUCAAUGAAGAAAAUCUUAAGAAUUUCUUUAAUAAAUUGGAUAGAGAUCAUAGUAAACAAAUAUCUGCAAAUGAACUCAAAGUCUUUUUCUAUAACACUAAUUUAUCUUAAUCAGAUUGGCAAUAAGUAAUCUAAUUAGGCUAAAAUAAGGAACAAAUGAAUAAUAAAAUUUCUUAUUAGGAGUUUGUUUCUUUGUUGACUGAAAAUGAAUGA